AUGCCACCCAAAAACAAACGGCAGGACGACGGCGAAGAGCCCUUCCAAGCAGUGAUACUCACAGACAGCUACGAUGACCGAUUCCUUCCUAUAUCGCAUGACAUGCCACGUUGCUUAAUGCCUCUUUGCAAUGUGCCUCUGAUUGAAUACACGCUUGAAAUUCUUGCAUUGACCGAUGUCGAAGAAGUCUUUGUUGUUUGCACCUCGCACAUUGACAAGAUCAAGGAGUAUUUCGAGCAGUCAAGUUGGCUCCAAUCCACCAGCCCUUUGAAUAUCCAGAUUGUUCAAGCACCCGAAGUCAUGUCUGUGGGCGAUGCUCUUCGUGAGCUUGAUUCUCGUCAGCUUAUCACCAAUGACUUUAUCUUGACAUUUGGUGAUCUUGUCUCCAACAUGAAACUCGACAAAGUGCUCGAGACCCAUCGUGCUCGCAAAAAGACCGACAAGAAUUCAAUCAUGACCAUGGUCCUCAAGGAAGCAACUCGUACACACAGCAGCCGUGCCAAGGAUGAGUCUAGCGUCUUUGUUCUCGAUCCCAACAACAGCCAAUGCUUGUUUUAUGAACCCGUUGAAGAGUUUCCACGCAAAGGCCGUAUCGAGAUCUCACCCGAAAUCUUUGAGAAUCACACCCAGUUCGAGUUUCGCAAUGAUUUGGUUGAUCCAUUCUUGGAUAUUUGCUCCGUUGAGGUGCCCGCCCUUUUCACCGAAAACUUUGAUUGGCAGCAUCUGCGAAGAGAUUUUGUGCAUGGUAUAUUGACAUCAGAUAUCCUUGGCAAGACCAUCUAUUCAGAGAUCGUGUCCGAUCCCUAUGUUGCGCGCAUUCAAAAUGAAAAGUUAUAUGACACUGUCAGUAAUCACAUGCUCAAUCGCUGGACAUUCCCCAUUGUACCUGAAACCAACUUACAUCAUGGAGACGAGUAUCAAUACAUUCGAGGAAACAUUUACAAGGCAUCAGAUGUGGUUUUAUCACGAUCAUGCAUCAUUGAUGAAAAUGUACAAAUCGGCUCUGGAUCAAUCAUUGGUGAGAAUGCUCGUAUUGGCAACAGUAUUAUUGGACACAACUGCAACAUUAGUGACAACGUCGUGCUCGAAAAUGUAUAUGUUUGGGACAACGUGACCAUCUCAGCCAAUUCCAGUGUUUCUUGGUCCAUUCUCGCCAACAAUGUCACUGUUCUUGAAAACACCAUCGUCGACCAAGGAUGCUUGCUUUCUGUUGGUGUCACUAUCGGCCCUGAUGAAACGAUUCCAAAGUACUCUCGAUUGAGCUUGCACCCUCAACCCAAGUCGAGUAUUUUCGCUGAUGAUAGUGAUGAAGAGGAAGAGGAUACAGAGCAAGGUCGGGUACUUAGCAGUGAAAGCCAUCCUGAUGUCUACUUUUGGACUGAACGCAGCAAUGACGAUGAUGAUGUGGAUAUCCGAAAUAUCAAGCUUGGUUCAUUAGCGUUCCAAAUGGGUGAUCUCACGAUUGGAAGCGAUGAUGAGAGCGAGAGCGCUUCUGAAGUGGGCGAUAUAUCAGAUGACGAAUCGCUUGAUGCUGGCAACUUGUCAAUUAGUGCAGCAUGGGAUACACAAGAUGCCCAUAAGCAAGCCGAAUUCAAGCGUGAAAUUGCACAAACCAUCGAUCGAUCACUACAUGAAAACCACACCGUUGAAACAACUGCCUUGGAAAUCACAGGUCUACGCAUGUCACACAAUGGCACUUAUGAUCAAGUACGCGAGGUGAUGAUUCCCAUGCUCUUAGACUCGGCCGAUAUCUCCAAAAACGCUGCAGGCAAUGUGCGAGCAAUGCUUAAGAAAUGGUCGUCUUUGAUCACCAAGGUUACCCAUGGUCGUGAGGAUCAAGUGCAUGUAUUGCGUCUUUUCCAGAAACACUGCGCAGAGAAUGAGCAAUUGAAUCGAUUAUUCCUUGGUAUACUGCAAGUGCUGUAUGACUUGGACGUGGUUGAGGAAGACUCUAUUUUGAAAUGGUAUGCAACGGAUGCAUCAAAGUCCGGGUCAGCGGCCGAAUUAGCCCUUCGGGAACGAGCCAGCAAGUUCAUUAAUUGGUUACAAGAAGCUGAAGAAGAAUCAUCUGAAGAAGAGGAUAGCGAUGAAGAUUAG